AUGGCCAGCAUCUUCACCUCAAUACGAUAUCUCUACCUAAAACUCCUCAUCACAUUUUCCCGCCUCCUAAUAAAACUCCUCACUACAUCGCCAAAACCAAAUCCGGAUGACAUAUUACAAAUCCCAUCUCGACAAAGAAACCGAACUAUAAAAGUCCAUGUCUACAAAUCACCUGCAGUCGCAGAGGCAGAGGCAGAGGCAGAGACAGAGACAGAGAAUAACCUUGAAGACCGUGACAAACCCCCGGGCCCUACUAGUCCUACUAGUCCUCCCCCUCCAGCCCCAGUCCUCAUAAACCUCUACGGCUCCGGCCUAACAUUCCCACUCCACGGCCUAGACGACCAAUUCUGCCGCUUCGUUUCAGAGAACACAACCUACGUCGUUCUAGACGUUGAAUACAGCCUGGCGCCAGAGUUCCCAUUCCCAACCGCUCUAAACGAUGUCGAGGAUGUUCUAAGUUAUGUCGAAAAUCAUCCGGAUCAGUAUGAUUCCGAGAAAAUCUCUAUUUCGGGAUUCUCGUCUGGUGGGACUCUUGCGUUGGCGGCAGCAGCAGCACUAGCAGCAGCAUCAACAACCCGCAAAAGUUCCCCAUUCAAAUCCCUAAUAACAUUCUACCCAGCAACAAAUCUUGCCCAAGACCCAAGCCAGCGAAAAACACCUAUCGGCGGUAAAGAACGCUCACCAUUCUGGACGAGGAUUUUCAGGGAAGCGUAUAUUGGCCCGUACGAUUCUAGAGAUCCGAGGAUUUCGCCUGCUUUUGUUACGGAUGUAGAGGUGGCAAGGUUUCCGGCGUAUAUGCUUUUCGUUACCGGGGGGGUUGGAUGCUUCUGCGGCUGA